AGCGCGGUGUUAUGAGGACACUCGUGCUUCAGGACGCACAGAGGAGCCGGUAUCGUCAGUGACAACAGUUUGAGACGAUGGAUCCUGAUCAGAACCACAGACCCCAACAGAACCACAGGGAUCCGAAUCCUCCGAGAAGCGAAUCAUCUGAAAACCCGAAUCUGCGCGCGCCUGAACGAGUCCAAGAGCCGCAGCCUCAGAGCGGGUACACCGGGUACACCGUGAUCCCCCCCAAUCAGAGUCGGAGGAACAACCUGACAGAGAUCGCCCAAAGAGAAGAACAACAAUUUCAAACCUUUAGAGACGCUCGGAGGUCGGCUCCUGUGCACAUGACUCCUGCCAGACUGGGGGGCAGUGUGACGCAGGCGGAGGCUCGGGAGCAGCAGAGUCAACAGCAGCGCGCGUCUAAACUGCAGAAGAAGUUGAAAAUCGAGGAAGACAAGAAAAGACGGAAAGAAGAAGAGGAGAGGAAGGAACAGGAGAAAAAAGACAUUCAAAGAGCAAAGGCAGAGAAACUGGAGCAGAAAAAGAAACGAGACCAGGAGAGGAGGAGGGAGCAGUUUGAAGAGGAUCGACACAGGGUGACCGAUCGAUUUCUGCAGGGAUUUGAACAAAAGGCUGCGUCUGCUAAACCCGCCCCAUCACGAAUCCCUGAACCCGUCGCUACCUCUAGUGACACGGGCAACGUGAGAAUGAGUCUGGAAGAAAAACAGCGGGACCACAAGAGAACAAACGCACAGUUUCUGGACAGAGUGGAGCGUCAGACGGUGUGCGGUGAAUCAUCGUCCUCGUCUUCUCCGUCUCCUCCAGAACCCGAGUCCUGCCGCGCGCACACAGCUGCAGACGCCUCGGGACCGGACUUUGAAUGGGCUUUAAUGAAGUUGAUGAGUAACUUCCCUCAGUUUGACAAAGAUGUUCUUCAGGAUUUACUCCGCCAGUGCGACGGAGACUACGAAGAAACGUACAACCUCCUCGCUGUGUGAUGUGCGCGUUUGAACGAUUUUAAAGGUGAACGCUGCCCGGUCUGUGUUAUUCAUGAGCACGUGCGUUUGGAUUAUUUCAGUUACUGUUUUGGGUUUGGGUUUUUGCACUUUUAUAUGUAUCGCUGAAGUAAAUAUAGACGAUAAACGAUGAUAUUGAAACUCAUUUGCGCCACAGACGUACAACCGAAGAGCAGGUUUAAACCACAAAAACUAUUCUAAAUCUACAAUAAGCAGCAGAAUGAAACACUUUAGUCGUUAGUUUGACUCAGGAAAGUUAUUUAUUCAAACUUUUACGGCUUAAAUCUGAUCAUAUAGACACAAAAUAACCCAAAAUGUCCCAGUAGAGCAAAGAAAAAGUACACACCAUGAAUACUGUCCCCAAAAACACUUUCCAGCUUCAUGUAUAGAGCUGUAAGUCGAUACUCUGAUUAUUACUGUACGUCCUUGAAAUGUAUUUUUGGGACGUGAAAUCACCCGAAGCUUUUUUUUCCAUUUCAGUUCCAGGUUUUAGAUGUAGACGAGCGUGAGAUCUUAGAUUACAAGUUCUUCUCCUCCUCUGCUCCUCUCUCUGUCUCCUCCUCUCCUCCCUCUCCUCUCUUCGUCUCUCAUCCUCUCCUUUCUCUUCGUCCCGCUCUCUCACACUUCUCUCCUCUCUUCGCUCCCUCUCCUCUCCUCUUGUUUUUCUCUCUCCCCUCCCUCUCUUUUCCUCUCUCUCAGAGUCUCCUCCUCUCCUCUCUCUCUCACCUCAUGCCUCCUUCUCCUCUCUCUGUCUCCUCCUCUUUCUCUCCCUCUUUCUCUCCCCUCCCUCUCUCCUUCUCACUCUCACUCCUUCUCUCCCUGUCUCCUUCUCCCUCCCUCUCUGCUCCUCUCCUUUAUUUGUCUCCUCCUUUCUCCUCCUCUCUUUUCUCUCUCCUCCUCCAUCUCUCUCUCGCCCCCUCCUCUCCUCCUUCUCUCUCCCCCUCCUCUCCCCCCCUCCCUCUCUCUUCCUCUCUCUCUCCUCAUCCCUCCCUCUCCUCUCCCUCUCUCCUAACCCCCCUCCUCUUCUCCUUCCUCCCUCUCUCUCUCCUCCUCUCCUCUCUUUAUCUCCUCCUCUCUCAUCCUCUCCUCUUUCUCUCUCCGCCUCUCCUGUCUCUCUCUCCUCAUACCUCCCUCUCCUCCCCCCCUCUCCUCCUCUCCUCUUUCUCUCUCUCCUCCUUACUCUCGCCCCAUCUCUCCCUGUCUCCUCUUCUCUCUCAGUCUCCUCCUCGCUCUCACUCCUCUCUCUCCCUCCCUCUCCUCCUCUCCUCUUUCUCUCCUCCUGUCUCAUCCUCUCUUUCUCUCUCUCACUCCUCUCUCUCCCCCUCUCUCCUCCUCUCCUCUCUCCAUCAUUUCUACAGCUAUAAUAAGAGAAAAUACAAUAAAAUACAGAAAACUAAUUAUUUCAAAACAGAGGAAUUCACGGCUCUUCAUAAAAAUCAUUUGUAAAAACAUUUUCGAUCUGAAGUGUGUGACGCGCCGCCCCGCAGAGCUCGUCCUCCUCACACAUGGAGCACACGGGGCGGUCGUGCGAUUGUGGGGGAGCUGAAAUCCCCGUCCUGUGAUAUGGAGUCACGUCAGGGGCCCCGCUGAUGUCAUCUGGCAAAACCUCCGUUUGUAGAUGAAAGAAACAGCGAGUCCCACAGAAACGACUAAGACAAUAUUUGGAGCAGUGACACAUCAACGUCUCACGUCGAUAAAUGGCGUCUCGGUGAGUCUGACUUUACGUUGAAAAACUGUGUCCUCUCUCUGUAUCUGCUGCAAUGAACCUCGUCAUUUUGGUCUUAAAUGUUCGCAUUAACCCGCUCUACAUGAUCCUGGGGUUUAUUUCACUAUUGUGUCUGUAAAUCAAGAUAUGAACAUUAAUAACAGACAAAUCAGACGCCGUCUUUCCCCGAGGUCGCUCCUUCUAGCGUAGGGCUGUCCAAACUAGGGCCCCGGGGCCAAAUACGGCCCGCAGACCAAUUUUUGUUGGCCCUCAUGCCUCCUCCUAAACAUUUUUUUACUACAAAUUGAAGAGAUUCUACCUUUAUAACCUGAAUAACAUCACAUUUCAUUAAAAAUAAUCUUUCAAGUCUUUUUAACGGUACAAAGUCUCUGUCAAACCUGUGCUAAAUGCGCCGUUUGACUCCGUGUAUCGACUCUGGUCUGUGGCUCUCAGCUUCAAAUAUUUUUUAGUGUUUGGACACAAUCAUUUUUGGGGGGUCAGUUUUUAUCAUGGGGACUUUUUCUUUUGAGGUACUGGGACAUUUCUGGUUAUUUUUCUGUUUUACAAUGAGAUUUGAGCUGUGGCCGGUCGAAUUAUGAACUUCUGUAACUCAUUACAGACACAAAGUAAUUAUUUAAAUAUGUCACAGUCAUUUAAAGAAUCACUACUUUUCUGGUGGGAAUCUGUCAUCAGGGAUAUGUUAUUGUUUUUGUCUUGAGUCUUCCAUUGUGUAGCAUUAAAGGGUUAAUUUUACACUAUUCUUUGAUUUGUUCUAAUGUUGUUUCCUCGUCACAAACAGACCUGGAGUUAUGAUUUUUUUGUUUCAUUCACACAU